AUGGCAUCUCCAAUUCCCUCCUCCUCGCCCUUCACCCGCUCAGUCGUGGACUCCAUGAGGAAGAUCUACCCCGAAGCGCUGGCUGAUAAGAGUUUUGAUAACACUGGAUUGCUUCUCGAAGCUCCCUUUGACCCAUCACGACGCCAGAAGAACUCGGUCCUCCUCGCCAUCGACUUGACAACCGCCGUCGCCGAUGAGGCGAUCAAGCGUCGCGAUUCAGCGAUCGUGGCCUACCAUCCGAUCAUCUUCCGCGGCCUGAAGGCUAUCACCCUCGAUGACACACAGCAACGAUCACUCCUGCGAUUGGCCCAACAUGGAAUCAGUGUCUACUCCCCGCAUACCGCGGUUGAUACUGUACCCGGAGGAAUGGCGGAUUGGCUUUGUGACGUGGUGACGGGUACCUUCCAACCCGUCGCGACUCAGACACAUACUGCUUCUCAGAGCUGCAAUUCAAAGUUAUAUUCGGUGCCUACCUACCCUCAAGCUCAAGCUGUACCCACUGCAGCAUCGGCAGACGCAUCCCAACAAAUCCCCCAUAUCCGAUCCACCAUCCAUCCAUCUCCCGCAGCCUCAAUCCCGGAAGGAUUCGAGUCGGCUGGUGCGGGUCGCCUCGUCACAUUUAACGAGGAUCAACCUCUUACGACUCUGAUUGACCACAUUGGUCGCGGGGUCGGUCUUCCGGGGGUAUUCCCAUUGCGAUCCCGCAAUCGCAGUCGAUUGACAACAUUCGCAUCCGUACCGUCGGAACUCUCGCGACAGUGGAAGUCCGACCGGGAGAGUGCCCUGCAGGCUCUUCACGAUAGCGCGAAGCAGGGUGGAUCAGCUAUGUCCCCUUGCGCCGAAGCUUACCAGGAUGGCGGCGUGGAGGUAUCCGUUAGUGAGGCCGACCGGCCUGUCCCAAUUGCUGUCAUUGGCGGCACUGGACUUCGUGAACUGCCUGGUUUCACCCAAGUGGCCUCUCUGUCCAUCAGCACUCCCUGGGGUGAACCCUCCUCGCCCAUCACCAUCCUGCACCACCAGUGCAAACACAAUGAGAAGACUGUCGCCGUGGCUUUCUUAAGCCGUCACGGUGCUCAUCACCAGAUCGCCCCCCACGAAGUCCCCGCCCGCGCCAACAUCGCCGCUCUGCGCUCCAUCGGUGUCCGCAGCAUCAUCGCCUUCUCCGCUGUCGGCAGUCUGCAAGAGGCUAUCAAGCCCCGCGACUUUGUGAUCCCCGAUCAGAUCAUCGACCGUACCAAGGGUGUCCGGCCCUGGACUUACUUCGAGGGUGGAAUUGUUGCCCACGUUCCCUUCGGUGAUCCCUUUGACGAGGGUAUUGCCAAGAUCGUGCGUGAGUGUGGACACAGUUUGGAGGGAGAUGGGGUUGUCCUGCACGACCGUGGUACCGUUGUCUGCAUGGGUAAGUUUUGA